AAUAAAAAAAUAUUUUCUAUCAAAUGUGUAGCUUUUAUGCAGAAGACAUCGAAGUAGAAGGAACUUGGUUAACAAUGAGCAAACAAAUAGUAACUGUAAAGCAAGGAAAAUUAGGAGGAGCAGUACUUAAAAGUGCAUUAGGAUCAUUGUACAUCGCUUUUAGAGGAAUACCUUUUGCUGCCCCUCCUAUUGGAGACCUCAGAUUUAAGGAUCCGCAACCACCUCAGCCAUGGACUGGUAUCAAGGACACCUCCCAAUUGAAGACAUAUAUAUGUUCACAGCAAGAAGAAGUUGAACCUUUUAAAUUGUUCGGCAAUGAAGAUUGUCUUUACCUAAAUGUUUACACUAAUUCACUUAAUCAAUCGAAACCAGUUAUGUUUUGGAUACAUGGUGGUGCAUUUGUAGUAGGCAAUUCAAGUUUUCAGGAAGGUUCAAGGCCUGAUUAUUUACUCGCAAAAGAUGUCGUUGUUGUUUCAACUAAUUAUAGACUUGGGGCAUUCGGAUUUUUAAAUCUUGGCCACCGAGUCGCGCCAGGAAAUCAAGGGCUGAAAGAUUUAAUCGCUGCUUUGAAAUGGGUUAAGGAAAACAUUUCUAAUUUCGGUGGAGAUCCUAAUAAUGUUACUAUUUUUGGCGCCAGCGCUGGAGGAGUUUUAGUUCAUUCUUUGCUUUUAUCGCCAUGUGCACGCGGAUUAUUCCACAAAGCGAUUAUGCACAGUGGAUUGAUACGAUGUUCUUGGGCCAUGAAUCAAAGUCUUCCUGAACGUGGCUUCAAACUGGCUUCUCUUCUCGGAAAAGAUUCUCGAGAUCCUGAAGAGGUGAUCGAAUUUCUACGGACGGUGCCAGCUGAGGAUAUCGUCAAGGCUCAAGCUUCUAUUCUUACGCGCGAGGAAUCGUUAUCCCAUAAUCUUGCCUUUGGAAUCAAUAACGACGAGGUAGCAGAGAAUCCUGUAUUACCAGAAUCUAUCGAACAAUUGUUGAAGAAAGAUGCGAAUGUCCCAGUCAUAAUUAGUUACACGUCGCACGAGUUCAUUAUGUUUAUGAAAGAUAUAAGCGAAAAAUCGUUGAACAUUUAUAACGAAUAUCUACCUAUGCACGUGAAAGCUUUGGGGACAUUAAAGAAGUUAGGAGAUGCGGAGAUAAAAAAUUUAUUCAAUGCGGUAAAAGAUCGAUAUUUUGGGGGAAAACCGAUCGAUAAAGAGAAAUUAUACGAUCUAUCAAAUUUUAUGACCGAUACGUUCUUCGGUAUUCCUGCGAUGUUAAUGUUAGAAGAUCGAGUGAAAAGAUUAACUGCGCCUAAUUACUUUUGUAAAUUUUCAUACAUUGGCAACGAGAAAACAUCUACAGAUCUUCUAGUAAAACGUCACAUUUCUGGAGCAUCUCACGUGGACGAUAUCGCAUAUUUAUUAUAUUUACCGAAAUGUAAAACUGAAAAUCCUAAUCCACCGGCGGUUGGAACGAAAGACAGGAUCACGUUGGAACGAAUGACUAGGAUGUGGACCAAUUUUGCUAAAACGGGGAAACCUACUUCGAUUCAAGACGAGUUUGUUAAUGCUGAUUGGAAACCUGCAACGGUGAAUGAUUUUUGUUAUUUGGACAUAGGAAAUGAAUUGUGUCUAUUGCCUCUUCCAUCACAUCUUUUAUCAUCCAAAUUAUUUUAGUGAAUGAAAAAUUAAUAUUUUUCAAAUUUUAAUUUUUUUUCCUUCAUAUAAUUUUAAUUUUUUAAUUU